AUGGCUUCCACGUCCAACACCCCGAUGGAGGAUACGAUUCGCGAGAAGUUAACAACCGCGCUCUCGCCCUCCUCCCUCAUCAUCCGCAACGACUCCCACAAGCACGCGCACCACGAACCAAUGAUCGGGUCGACGUCGAAGGAGACGCAUUUCCACGUAACAAUAACCUCCCCCUCCUUCCAAUCGAAGAUGCAACCCGCGCGCCACCGGAUCGUGUACGGACUUCUAAAAGAAGAGAUGAGUCGCGAGGGAGGGAUCCAUGCUCUACAGCUACGGACGAGGACGCCGGAGGAGGAAGAGAGGGAGAAGAAGAGGAGUCAGGAGGCGUAG